AUGUUAACAAUUAAUUUCAAUGAAAUUUCUAUACCAACGAUUCGUUAUGGAUGUUUUUCCUGCGAACUUGAUGAUAAUUAUUUGUUAAAAUUAAAUGGAUUAUUAAAAAGAGAAGAAUUUGAAAAAUCAAUCAAUGAAAUUAAUUCAUCGUGUCGAUUAUCAUUGAAAGGGAAAGUUUCUUUUGUAAUUUGUUUAUUUUCUAUUUUAAUUGGAUUGCCAUUGACUAUUUGUGGUGGAAUUAUUGAAGAAAUAUCUCAUGAAAAACUUUUUCUCAUACUCGUAGCAUUUGGUGUUCUCAUGAUAAUUUUUGGAAUGUUUUUCUAUAUUUUAUGUUAUGUAAAAAUCAAUUCGAAUCGUUGGAAACGAAUUAAACAACAAGUUGAUUGUCAAUCGUCCAAAUUAGUUCAAUGGCAAAUCCAUAAAAUCAAAGAUUCAAAAGAAUUUAAUUUAAUUGAUUUUUAUAAAUAA